GGUCUUUGUUAGCGCUGUAGGGAACGGGCUGUGUUAGCACUGUAGGGAACGGUCUGUGUUAGCGCUGUAGGGAACGGUCUGUGUUAGCGCUGUAGGGAACGGUCUGUGUUAGCGCUGUAGGGAACGGUCUGUAUUAGCGCUGUAGGGAACGGGCUGUGUUAGCGCUGUAGGGAACAGGCUGUGUUAGCGCUGUAGGGAACGGGCUGUGUUAGCGCUGUAGGGAACGGGCUGUGUUAGCGCUGUAGGGAACGGGCUGUGUUAGCGGCGUAGGGAACGGUCCGUGUUAGUAGCGUAGGGAACGGUCUGCAUUAGCGGCAUAGGGAAAGGUGUGCGUUAGCGGCGCAGGGAACGGUCUGCAUUAACGGCGUAGGGAAAGGUGUGCGUUAGCGGCGCAGGGAACGGUCUACGUUAAUGCCUGUUGAUCAGAUCUCAAACAGCCUUCUCGUGAUCUUAGUAGUUCCCCUAACCCUUUGGAAUGAUGUCACUCUAUCCAUCCCUGGAGGACCUCAAGGUGGACAAGGUUCUGAAGGCCCAAUCUCAGUUUGUUCAGGGCACCUCCUCCACCCCGGCCAUCGCGGAAGAGGCCUACCAGCCCCAGGAUGGCGGGCCGGGUCCGGCAGUGUCAGGUCUCUACCCGAACCUCCAGGAUCUGGGAGACUACAUGGGCCUGAGCCUCAACAGUGAGGAGGUGCAGAGGAAUCUGGCUCUCGUGCCUGUUUCAGAUAGUGUGUCGGUGUCCUCCAGCCUGGGGGGCAUGGUGCGGCCGGUGACGGGGGCCGACGUGGGGUUACGGAGGGCCGAGAUCCGGCCGGGCGUCCGCGAGGUCAUCCUGUGCAAGGACCAGGACGGGAAGGUCGGGCUGAGGCUGCGGGCCAUCGACAACGGCGUGUUCAUCCAGCUGGUCCAGGCCAACUCGCCCGCGGCGCUGGGCGGCCUGCGCUUCGGGGACCAGGUCCUGCAGAUCAACGGGCACAACUGCGCCGGCUGGAGCCUGGACAAGGCCCACAAGGCCCUGAAGGCCGCCGCCGAGCAGCGCAUCGAGCUCGUCGUCAGGGACCGGCCGUUCCAGCGCACCAUCACCAUGCACAAGGACAGCUCUGGCCACGUGGGAUUCGUCUUCAAGUCGGGCCGCAUCUCGUCCCUGGUGAAGGACAGCUCCGCCGCGCGCAACGGCCUGCUGACCGACCACAACAUCUGCGAGAUCAACGGGCAGAACGUCAUCGGGCUCAAGGACUCCCAGAUUAAGGACCUCCUGACCACCUCCCCAAAUACCAUGACCAUUACCAUCAUGCCCAAGUUCAUCUAUGAGCACAUGGUGAAGAGAAUGUCCAGUGGUCUCCUGAGGUCAGCGAUGGACCACUCUGUGCCUGAGGUGUGAGAAUGUGAGCAGAACCAUCCUCUCUGGCCAUUCCCAAUGGGUUUAUAUUUCACUGGGGAUCUCUCCCUGUACUGAAACACUUCCUUUAGCACAAUCAUCACCAUCGUCAUCAUAACACAAGUUGCCUCUUUUUAUCGUAGUACACAAGUUCUUGUGCUUAUUCUUGUGCUUGUUGAUUAUUCUUUGUCAUUUUUUAUAUAAUCGACCAUUAUAGCCAAGUAUACUAUUAUGUCUUUUUUAUUUGACAGUGCACCUUUUUUAUUUCAUGUGACCCAUCCUUACUUGGCCAGAGUUUAGAGCUUUGGCAUUCAUCGUUCCAUCAAUUUGCGGGACCAGUGCUGUAAAACUGAAUAACCAACAGGGUAACUGUAACGUAAUACUUGUUCAAGAUCUGAUUGACAGUUCCUGGGGUAAAGCUAAGUGUCCUUGAGUCCUUCUUUGUAAGUGCAUUAUCUGUCAAGUGUCCCUUUGAUGACAGGUCAAGCUGAGCUUUCUUUUCAUUAAAGGGUACUAGGUGGAGUUAUAAGCUUUCUCUUUGGAAAGUCGUAUGCAGAACUACACAAAGCAUGUCACAUACAUGGUUCCUAUGAAUCUGACUGUGUCCCAUAAAACAACUUUUCCCCAGGUAAUUGUUUUUUGCAAAUAGCCAAAGGUGGACUCUAAGGUUGGAACACAUUCAGAUGUACGGGACAAGAUAGAAAUAAAUAAUUUUGCCAUAGUGGGUCCCAGAAAACUGUAUUCUAAUUGGUAGCAUAUUUUUGUUUUAAAGUGCGUUUUAGGUAUAAAUUCUUUGACAGCUAUUGCAGUCAUCAAGUAAAAUUUUAGAGCUUACAAAAAAUGUGGAUAUAACAUCAAAAUAAUUAUAAGAAUAAAAAAUCCUUCUGGUUAAAAUCA